UCAGUUUUCCAACGAUCCGAAAAAUAAAAACUAUUUCAAAAAUAUUUAGGAAUAAUGUCGAAACGUCGCGAGAAAUCGAAUAAGCAAACGCGCUGGGAUCGUAUUCGGAAGCGUUAUCUGAAUGCGAAUCCGUUGGGCCUCAAAACGGAUGCAGUGCGUCGCUUCAUUGAGCUGGACUACAUUGGCCAGCGCCAAUCCCAGAUGCUCAUCGAUGGCGAGCAGUCAAAUAAACUGAAUCCCAGUGUUGUAAUGGAUAUGCGACAUCAGAUGUUUUCGCAGAUACCACGUCAACUGCCGCUGGCGACAGUGGCGCAUGGCAGCACCUUGGCCUCGACGAGGGCACACAAUCUGGAAGUGGAGCAGCGCUACAUCGACAAUCAAUUGCAAAAGUUUCGCCAGCAGCUGGCCAGGCAGCAUCCGCCGCGCCAGCGCCAGGAGCGCAAGAUACGUGUGCGUCCCACCAAGCCGGACUUUAAGCUCAAUCAUGGCCCAUUGAUGCAGAGUCUGACGCUUGCCUCGCAGCACAUCGAUAACUUCUACCAGACGCCGGUGGAUGCACUCGGCCAGGCGGCCAUGUUGUGCUCCAUGCAGAAACAGGUGGCGACAGUGUCGCUGCUGCAGCAGCUGCAAGCCGAACCGGAAGCAGAGGCGGAGGCGGAUCUCGAGCACACCUGGCUGCAGUUGAAGCAGGCAAAAGAGGUGAAGCAAGUCCAAAUCCAAGCGGAUGGCGAGCAACUGGACAUGCUCGAGUAUCGCAAGUUUGUCAAGCAGGUGGAGUUGGACGAGAGCAAGCUGCAGUUCCUCCAACGUUGCCGCACUCCAAGUCCGCUGCUGACCACCGAGGAGCUGCUCAAACCAAUGCGCGCCGCUGCCGAGCGCCAAAUGCUGCACAUGCGCACCGUGCGUCAAGAGGAGGAACUGCUUCAGCAGGGGCAGCAGCAGGAGCAUCCCUCAGAGCAGCCUCAAUUGCAUCGGCAGGCAUCCACUUGCUCCAACACGAGCGAUGGCAUUGAUUCAGUUAUAUCCGACCUGGCGGAGGAGGCGUUAUUCGAGCUCCAACUGGAGGCAGCCGAGCAGCAAAUGGAACGGGAGCAGCAGCAGCUCAAUGAACUAGUGGCGCCGCCAAAACUGGUACAAUUCCAGCUGUCUACGACAUCACCCGAGGAAUUGACCUCCGCCGUGCAGGAGGAGGAACAGGAGGAGGAGCAAAUGGAAGCUCUGCUCAUCCGGCGCAUUGAAAUACCCAAAGUUGUUGUGCUGCCCAAGCAGCAGGAGCAGCCAGCCACUGAUCAGAGCUGCAGCGAGAAUGAGCUGCAACCAGGACCACUUGACGAGAAGCAACGGAUUAUUGAUGAACUGUUCGUCAAGGCGCGCACCAAUUCGGAACUGAAUCUGAUGCGUAAAUACUUUCUCAAAUGGAUCCAUUUCACGACCAUGGAGAAACUCGAACGGGAGCCGGGCACAAGGCAUGCCAAUCGAGCGACGAAGAUCAAUGCAUUUCUGGACAAGAUCAGGCAGGAGAAGCGGCGUCAGCGCCAAAACACCAAGAGGCCAAAUACUCCAGACAAUGCCGAGAAAAUUGCCCAAAAGUCGCUGGAGCAGCGCGAGGAGGCUGUCAAAAUGGCCAAACAAUUUAAGAAUAAGCUGAAGGUGCAGCAGGAUAUUAUAGAUUUGCAGCGCAUCAAGCUGGAGCGGCAGGAGCGACUAAUAAUGCAGCUAAAGCUGCACAAGCUCAGCGACGAGGCCAAAGAGGCGCGCGAGGAUCUUAAGCAGGAGCUAAAAACCGUUAUACGCUGCGGCGAUCCCAAGGCAAAGGCCAAGGCCAAGUGUCUGCAACUAAUUGGCAGUCUGCGCGAUGCCGAGGACGAGGAAUUCGAGCGGCUGCAGGGCAGAGCGCUGCUCCAGCCACGCUUCCUGCAGCACAUGCAGGAGCGAGCCCUGGAGCGGAGUGUGCGCCACGAGCAGGCGCGUCAGCGUCGAGCCCAAGCGGAUGCGGAAAGGGAGGCAGCCAAGUUGGCCAUCGAGGAAGCUAAGCGCCAGGAAGAUGAGGAGGCAAAACGGUUGCGCAUCGAGGUGCUGAAGGAGAAGCGACGCCAGGAGAAAAUGGCCAAGGUGCUGAAGGAGCGCGAACGCCAACGUUUCAUUGAGAAUCAACGCAAGGCUUUGGAGUUCCAUCGCCGCAUGUUGCUGCGCCGAAUUGGAAUGGAGGGCUUUAAGCGGCUGCUGCAACGCAAGCGGGACAAUCUGGUCAAGUGCGAGGAAUUCUCCCGUCGCCUGUACAAGCGCAACUCUUUUCUGGCCUGGCACAAGUACACCGAGUGCCGGCAACGCGAGAAAUGCAUCCGGGCCGAGAUGUGCUAUCGCCUGGCACUGAAGCGACGGGCGCUAAAUGCAUGGCUAUUCUAUGUGCAGGAGGAGCGCAAUAAGAUGCAGGUGGCCAUUGACUGGCAUGCACUGCAUGCCAUGGAGCAUUGGUUUGGACGCUGGCUCAACUAUGCCACUCACUGUCGCAUGAUUGAGGACACCAAAAUGCGUCAGGCCAUCUCGCAUCAUGAAUGGCACCUGAAGUGGAAGGUGCUGGACUGCUGGCAGCGAUUGCCGCAGAUCUUGCGCUUGGAAAAGGAGACGGAGGAGCGUCGUCAGCGUUGGCGCAUGAAAAUUUGGGAGCUGCUACCCGAUUACAAGCCAAGGGAGGAUAGUUUGUGGUAGUUGAGAUAUUCGUUUAAUAUCAUAAAUUUUGUUU